AUGCUUAUGCGUUCCACGCUUCUUCUCGCAACGGCGGCCGUCGCCAGGGCAGUCGACCUAUCUACCCUUCCUGGUUUUUUGAUCAAUGCCUCGACCUCGGCCUGGCAACCGCUGAAGGACAUUGCGGUCGACAUCUACAACAACCCCGAGCUUGGCCUGAACGAGCACCACGCUCACGACUUGAUCGUGAACCACUUCUCUAGCGUCAAUGGCUGGAAGGUCACACCACAUGCCUACGGCAUGGAUACCUCUUUCUCGCUGGUGUAUGAGCAUCGUCCCCAGGGCUUUGACGGAGAACUCACGACAAUUGGCAUCAUUGCCGAGUAUGACGCCCUGGUAAUUGGCCACGCUUGCGGACACAACCACAUUGCUCUCAACGCAAUUACCGUUGCCACUCUGGCCAGCGAGGCCCUCGUCAAGUACGACAUUCCCGGCCGUCUCCACGUCCUCGGCUGCCCCGAUGAGGAGAAUGCUGCAGGCAAAUACACCUUGGACCAGCGCGGCGCCUUUAAAGAUUCGGAAAUCUGGAUCAUGGCACACCCCACGAGCGCAAGCGCCUUCCAGCCCAUGAACUCCCGCCUCAACUCGUUCGCUCGGUUCACCGGCAAGACCCACCAGGAAGCCGUGCGGAAGGCGUACGAGGCUAUGGUAGUUGUGCAGGGCCUCAAAGGCACACUGCCAGGUAAUGCGUCUUCAGCGGCAUCGAUUGAGAAUGUCGGCGUGUAUGCCGUCAACGUCGUCCAGGAAAACAUCAGCCUUGGUGUAGCGGGCUCCGACAUUGCGACUGUCAACGCGACAGUCGCCUCUCUCCUCACCAGCAACUUUCCCAAGGUCUCAUAUGUCGUCAAGGACGAUUCUCACGGUGUAGCCAUCAACAUCACUGGUCCUGGAGGCCAUGCUUCCGAAACGACACAAGGGGCUCUUGACUUGUCCGUCAAGACCUUUGGCGCGUUCUCGAACAACUCGGCAAUCACCUUCUACCUGCCGGGGAACAUCACCGCCAAGGAACUCGACAUCACUGUCGACAUGCGGACGCGAUACACGCAUGACAUCCCCGCCGUUGCCAAAGUUGUCGACAAGGCCAUUGGAAGCUUGUCUCGAGGCAUCACUCAUGACAUCAAGUACCCUGCUCUUGAGGUGACGCCAUACCUCCCUCAGGCCGUGAUCAAUCUGCUCGCUACCCCGGAUUACAACCUCACAGACUGGAAGAUUAGCGACUUUGCCCCCGCUUCUAGCGACGCCUCGUGGCCGCAGUCUGCAGUCGUCGACCCUGCGACUCACGAGCUUCUCAGCGCCGGCAGCGUAGUGAUCCACGCCAACUACAGAAUCUGCGACCCCACGCCCGGCUCUAUCUGCGCCUUCAAUCAUGAACCACUGUUCAGAGAGGUUUCUGGCACCGAGUACAGCUAUACGCAGACGGAGAUUGUGGCAAGAGCCCUGUCACAGAUCGUGGUCGAGUUGCUGGCAGAUGUGGAUAUGUACAAACAGGCAACGGCAAUCAUCCACAACUAG